GAUUGGAGCUGUGCCUGCACAGCCUCUUCUCUCUGCAGACUGAGGAGAACUAACACCCCUUGUGUACUACAGGUAACAGUGCUUCUUCAACAUGGAGUUGGCAUGGUCAUCUGGGCAGUUGCUAGGUGUGCUCCACAAGCUGGGAAAUCAGGAAAAGAAACUUUAAAAAAUUGCGAGGUAUUAUAGGGGAGGAGUGGUUCCCUGGUCACUGGGCAAUGGAGUUCCCAACAGUGACCAGAGAGGCCAGGGUUGGGGCAUUGUGGGACACCUUCUGCAUGCCAGUAGCAGUCCAUUUAAGUAACUGUAUCUACACUGACACUGCAUUGAACUAACUACUUGGACCUUAACUCUACGCCAUUGGGGGAUGUGGUGGUGGUGUAGCAGGGCAUUUAUGUCAUCAGGAGUGAAAUUUAAGUGUAGACACAUCCACUGUUAGGUUGACAUAAGCUGCCUUGUGUGGACUUACCCAUGUAGUGUAGACCAGGCCUUAGCUUUCCCAUUCCAACCAACAAUCAAUGUCCCAACCCCACAAAACCCUCUUAGAAGCUAUAACUGCUGAUGUGCUCAUGCAGGGAACGCCCUCCCAGAAGUGAUAUAGGCAAGGUGCUAGCCAUAUUCUCGAUCCUCAUGUCUGCUGCAGAGCCCACAAGAAGUCAGCCAAUUAAUGAAGACUGUGUUGAGAGGCAGUCAGGGAUAGAGGGAAUUAUUUAUAUAUUAAAAACAAACAGAAAAAGGCAAAUAUCCUUUAAAAUUGUAGCCUUCUCCCCUACCACACAUGUACCAUGUUGCUUCUUUUCUUAGUGUGAGCUCCUUGUGGCAGAGCACAUAGACUCAUAGAAUCGUAGGACUGGAAGGGACCUUGCUAGGUCAUCUAGUCCAGGUCCCAACACACGUCUGCCUAGGUGAUCUUGGGACUUGUAGAAAAAUGGAGCCCUGAGACUGACUGGGGCCUCUGGCCACUACUAAUAUCUCACACACAAAACUACACUCAAAGAUUAAGGUUGCAAAGUCAAUUAAAGGUUAGGAAUUGCUUGAAUUAAGGUUGCUCAUGCAACCUUGUAUAUAUGCAUUAUGAUACAAUCUUUAUAUGAUGACAUACUAUUUUUUUCCACAAGAUCCCUGUCUCAUUCAGUGUGCUGAUAGAUCAUGCUCUGGAGAUGAAUCGGGGUUGAGUAGCGAUGGAGGCAUUUGGCUAUAGGAUCCCUGCCUCUUUUGUUGUAGAAGUUAGAAGGUGUGUAAUGAAUGAUGCAGGCUGAAUAAGCUAUUCCCUGAACAAUAAGGGGAUUCACCAAAGAGUGAGGUGAAGACUAGUGUGUUUGAAUAAAAACCGCACCCACACACAAGAUCUGUGCAGCAUUUCUGUAUUUCUGUGACAUGAGAGCUUUCAUGGGUAGCGCUACUAGUGGGCAGGAGCUUUGACAAAUCUUUUGAAAAAUCUGAAUUUGCCUUCAGAGGAAAAACCCAACCUCCAGUUCCCUUCCCCCCGGGGCUCCAGAGGUCAGGAGGUGGGGGGCCCAGCCCCUUGGCGCGCACGCAUUCGGCUUGUUGCUGCUUAAGGCAGCUGCUCAUUCGCUUGCCCCGGACCUCCCGUCCCCUUUCCCUGCCCUGCAGUGGCUGAGGUCACUGCCUGCAACCAGGAGCCUCUUCCACCGGAUCCCGCUGUCAGCGCCUGAGCCCGGGGCGGGGGCCAUUGACGUAGCGCGGUGCCAGGGCUCUGUCAACAGGUGCCCCCCCCGCGCGCCCGCCCCCCCGCGCGCUCUAUAAAGAAGGUCCCGGCGGCUCCGCGGCGCGUCAGCACCAUGGCGAGCGCCCGGCUUCUCGCGCUCCUGAGCGCCACCUUAGUGCUGCUUCUCGGGGCCCGCGGCCAGGAGGAGCCGGAGCUGCAGCCUCGCGCCCUGGACCUUUACCCGCCCAUGGAGGACACGUCCCACGAGAAGGAGCUGAUCGAGGCGCUGCAGGAGGUCCUGGAGAAGCUGAAAAGUAAAAGGAUCCCAGUUUACGAGAAGAAGUUCGGCCAAGUCCCCAUGUGUGAUGCUGGCGAGCAGUGUGCAGUGAGGAAAGGAGCUAGAAUUGGGAAGCUCUGCGACUGUCCAAGAGGAACUUCUUGUAACUCUUUUCUUUUGAAAUGCUUAUAAAGAAUUCCCCAUGGAACAACAAAAGGACCCAGUGACCUUGCCUGAAAGUAAUACCUGUGCUCACCCGAAGACAGUGGAGAAAACGUCUUGUGAUUUGUUAUUCAGAGAAAGUCAGUUAGAAAUUCUAACGGUGCCAGUGCAGUGCCAUGUCUGACGUUCAGCAUUUGUACUCUCUUUCUCUGUUUAAUUUUGUCGGUCAAAAUGUGUGUAUCGCUGUGUAAAGGAGUUUCUUACAUUUGGAAAUUGUAUUUUUGUAUGUGGAAUGUCCUAAUGAAAAUUAGAGCUAGACAGCACUUGUAAAUUACAGGCUUUUCCAGAAAUGAACUGAGGGGGAAACAAAGACAAAAUAAUACAGCAUGUACAAAUUAUUCAUAAUGAUGUUUUUAGUUUAUUGCCUUUUUGCAUUACAGCCUAUAAGUCUGCGUCAUGCUAGGGAAAUUGUAUGGUUGGCUACAUCACCAUUAUAGCUUACCAGAACAGUACUGAAACACCAUUCUGUUGACCAGCCCAUUUGGCAGCUGCUGCUGCGGGUAUUACUGAGCCUUCAAAGCCCAGCUUUGGUGUCUCAGUUGAAAGAAUGGAAGCACUUUGGAUGCAGCAUGCUCAUUCUCUAGAGGGUGGGAAGUGCAUCAUUGCAAAAUACCAACUCUACAGGAAAAAUAAGCAGUGGAUUUCAGAGGUUUCUCCAGUCGUUCUUAGUCAGAAGGGUGACUGCAUUUUGACUUGGAACACAAAGGUGUAUAUUAGUGUGAGGGGCAAAACUUGGAAAAUUUGGGGAUCCUUCAGUUGUCGUUAGUGAUGCAGAGGCACUUCUAUGUGAAAAACACUCUGGCCCAGUAUCUUCAUUCAGUUAAGUACAUACAACUCCAUAAGGGCCAAGGGGAGAGUGUUCAUGCCUCUGAGGGUAGAAUUCAACCCACCCUGUAGAUAUAAGGAUGAUAAUCUUACAAUAUUAAUCAAACACUUGAGGAAAUCUUGCAUGAAAUUGACAGGACUCACUGGUAUAGUAACAUCUUCCUGUCUGAUUAAUCAGUUGCUUUCCCAGGGCUACUGUAGAGAGAAACUGUCUAGAUUCAUUACCGAAUGAUGCAAAAUGUUUCAAUUAUUUAAAGGCACACAAGACAAAUUAUUCACAUAUUUCUAUAACAAACUUAUGUAAAGCUUCUAUUAUAUGUUUCAUAGGUGUCCUAUAUGUUUCAAAAAAGUCAUAAUGUGUUUUCAACCUUUAUUUAUUCUCCGUUAAUAAAAUCAUGGUG